GGACGCGGGCCGGCGGGCGUGGCCGGAGUCGCGCGCGGUUGGCGCGCGGUCCCGAUUGAAAAGAGAAGGAGGGGCGCCGGGGGUGACGGUGCGGAGCCGCUGCCAGCGCUGGGCGAGAGUCGGCGGCCGAAUCCGAGGAGCAGGCGGGCCUGAGGCCGAGUCAGCUGCGCAGGCCCCCGGAUCCCCCCACCGAGCGGCGGCGGUGUCUGGCCAGGCGGGAGGCGCUGCCCGGCCGCGGCGGGGAAGAUGUUCAGCGUAGAGUCGCUGGAGCGGGCGGAGCUGUGCGAGAGCCUCCUCACUUGGAUCCAGACAUUUAAUGUGGAUGCACCAUGGCAGACCGUGGAAGAUUUAACGAAUGGGGUUGUGAUGGCCCAGGUUCUUCAAAAGAUAGAUCCUGCAUAUUUUGAUGAAAAUUGGCUAAACAGAAUCAAAACUGAAGUAGGAGAUAAUUGGAGGCUAAAGAUAAGCAAUUUAAAGAAAAUUUUAAAAGGAAUCUUGGAUUAUAAUCAUGAGAUUUUAGGACAGCAAAUUAAUGACUUUACCCUUCCUGAUGUCAACCUUAUUGGGGAGCAUUCUGAUGCAGCAGAGCUUGGAAGGAUGCUUCAGCUCAUCUUAGGCUGUGCUGUGAACUGUGAACAGAAGCAAGAGUACAUCCAAGCCAUUAUGAUGAUGGAGGAAUCUGUUCAACAUGUUGUCAUGACAGCCAUUCAAGAGCUGAUGAGUAAAGAAUCUCCUGUCUCUGCUGGAAAUGAUGCCUAUGUUGACCUUGAUCGCCAGCUUAAGAAAACUACAGAGGAACUAAAUGAAGCUUUGUCAGCAAAGGAAGAAAUUGCUCAAAGAUGCCAUGAAUUGGAUAUGCAGGUUGCAGCAUUGCAGGAAGAGAAAAGUAGUUUGUUGGCAGAGAAUCAGGUAUUAAUGGAAAGACUCAAUCAAUCUGAUUCUAUAGAAGACCCUAACAGUCCAGCAGGAAGAAGGCAUUUGCAGCUCCAGACUCAAUUAGAACAGCUCCAAGAAGAAACAUUCAGACUAGAAGCAGCCAAAGAUGAUUAUCGAAUACGCUGUGAAGAGUUAGAAAAGGAGAUCUCUGAACUUCGGCAACAGAAUGAUGAACUGACCACUUUGGCAGAUGAAGCUCAGUCUCUGAAAGAUGAGAUCGACGUGCUGAGACAUUCUUCUGAUAAAGUGUCUAAACUAGAAGGUCAAGUAGAAUCUUAUAAAAAGAAGCUAGAAGACCUUGGUGAUUUAAGGCGGCAGGUUAAACUCUUAGAAGAGAAGAAUACCGUGUAUAUGCAGAACACUGUCAGUCUAGAGGAAGAGUUAAGAAAGGCCAAUGCAGCGCGAAGUCAACUUGAAACCUACAAGAGACAGGUAGUAGAACUACAAAAUAGAUUAUCCGAAGAAUCAAAGAAAGCAGAUAAACUAGAUUUUGAAUAUAAGCGGCUAAAAGAAAAAGUUGACAGUCUUCAAAAAGAAAAGGAUAGACUGAGAACAGAAAGGGAUUCUCUGAAGGAAACCAUUGAAGAGCUUCGUUGUGUACAAGCUCAAGAAGGGCAGCUCACAACUCAAGGGUUAAUGCCUCUUGGAAGUCAGGAGUCUUCAGACAGUCUAGCUGCAGAGAUUGUUACACCUGAAAUCAGGGAGAAACUUAUUCGUCUUCAGCAUGAGAAUAAGAUGUUAAAGCUUAACCAAGAAGGUUCGGACAAUGAAAAAAUAGCCUUAUUGCAGAGCCUUCUAGAUGAUGCAAAUCUACGCAAGAAUGAACUGGAGACAGAGAAUAGGCUGGUGAAUCAAAGACUUCUGGAAGUACAGUCACAAGUUGAAGAAUUACAAAAAUCUUUACAGGAUCAAGGCUCAAAAGCAGAAGAUGCUAUUUCAGUCCUUCUAAAAAAGAAGCUUGAAGAACAUCUAGAGAAGCUGCAUGAAGCCAAUAAUGAACUACAGAAGAAGAGAGCCAUUAUUGAAGAUCUCGAGCCAAGAUUUAACAACAGCUCCUUAAAAAUUGAAGAAUUACAGGAAGCUUUACGAAAGAAAGAGGAAGAAAUGAAGCAAAUGGAAGAACGAUAUAAAAAAUACUUAGAGAAAGCCAAAAGUGUUAUUCGUACUUUAGAUCCUAAACAGAAUCAAGGAGCAGCACCAGAAAUCCAAGCUCUUAAAAAUCAGCUCCAGGAACGAGACCGACUGUUCCACUCAUUAGAGAAAGAAUAUGAGAAAACAAAGAGUCAAAGAGAGAUGGAAGAGAAAUAUAUUGUUAGUGCCUGGUACAAUAUGGGAAUGACUCUGCAUAAAAAGGCAGCUGAAGACAGACUGGCAAGCACAGGCUCAGGGCAGUCGUUUCUGGCAAGGCAGAGGCAAGCGACCAGCAGCAGAAGAUCGUACCCAGGCCACGUGCAGCCGGCCACAGCAAGGUAGAGAAGUUCUGCUGCUCAAACACAGACACCUGCACCCACAGCAUACUUCUGUUACACACAACAACAUUUCAGGAAACUCAGCCAGCUUACUUUUUGUUUCUCUUCUGUGUCAAUACUUAGUGUUUCUCAUUUUGAGGACUUUUUCUCUCUCCCGUAUCUUUGUUUUAGUUUGUUUGGUUUUUAUUUUGUAGUCCUUUCAGUUCUUUUUAAUGUGCCAAAAAUUUGUACAUGUUCGAUUAAAAAUGUUGUAUAAUAGUGUAAUACUUUUCUUUGUAUGAAAAUGUCCUCUUCCUCAAAGGUGUAGGAUUUGUAAUAAAUUAGAUUUUCUGCCAAUAAUUGAUAAUACAAUUUAUAUUCUUUAUUGUGCCUGUGUGUUACCAUGCUUUAUAAGAAUGUCUUUGUUUAAAGGGAAUUAAUCUUUUUAUGAUGUAUUAAUCUGUGUUUUCAAUUGUUUUCCAAGUACAGUUCAAAUAACUUGCAUAUUUACUAUACAAAAUGGUUGACAAGUGUUCUUUUUGCAAAGACAUAAAUACAUUGGCAGAGGUGCUAAUCACAUCUUCCCUAAGGCACCUGGUAGAAUUAUUUGAGGAAAAAACGAGUUUUCACAUUGUUUUAUAGGAAAUUAAAUUUGUCCAAAGAUUUGGAGACUAUUUUUAAAACAUAAAUACAUAAAAUUUCAUUAUUUCCUGCUAUCUUGUUUGCUGGCAGAAGUGAAUGUAUUGGUGAGGUUAUUUUGGGAUAAAUUACAAAAGAAAAAAAAUCAGGCACUGCAUUAAUUUCUUGUUGUUGUUUUGGAAUAUCUUAGUAACUGAGGAUCAUUUUCUAGCAAUGUGGUUGACAUACCUUCAGUUGCUCUCCACAUCUAAAAGAGUUUUCUUUCAUAUAUGUACAAGUUAUUGGUAGUCUUAUUUUUGGGCUGUUUGUUGACUUAUGCCCCAUGUGUUUUACUUAUUCUUUAAUAUAAACCCUUCCAUUUUUUAAUAAUUCCUAACACUUGACAUCUUAAUAUCAGUCAUUAACAUUAGUAACUUCUUGUAUGUUAUAUUAUGACAGAUCUCUUUACGUUUUUUCUCACAUCUAUCUGCUAGUCCAGGAAUUUGUUACUAAAUAGAUUUUCUUUGGUAUUUGGUUGCCUCAAAGUGCUUACAUUUGUUAACAGAUUGUAAACCACAUUUAUUUACAUCGAUGAAUGGGCUGUCGAGUAAUCAUUGUAAAGCACUUUGUAUAUAUAAGGUGCUAUGUAAGUGCGAAAUAUUCAUUUAAAAAUGAAAUGCCUUCUAACUUUC